ACCCCUCCCCUCUCCCCCCGCCGCAUCUCGGAGGAAGCAGGCCAGAGGCAUCGGCCCAGGAUACUUACAUCUGUUGCGCCUACAGUCCGAGAUGUUUUAUCAUUCAAAAGGUCAAACCAUCUAACCAGAUUACGGAGGAGCUACUUGAUAAGGAACUUCCAGCGAUCGAAAAUGCUUCCUCUUCUAGUGAUAAUAAUACCGAAGAAAAUCCAGUGGACUCUUUAGAAGUACUUCCCACAUCAAGCAAUGGCCAUGUCUCUCACAGUCAUCCUGGCAGUUACCUUAAUCAAGCAACUGCUCAGAUAUGCAGUUCCAAUAACCAAGCUUCAACAUUUAAUUUAGAACCUCGCGACAAAAAUUCAAAGGUUCAAGCAGUUUUUUCAGAAAUGGAAGAAACAAGUGGAGUUGUUACUUCUUUAUCAUCCGAAGUUGUUAACAGCACUGCCAGUGCAAACUCUCUUUCCUCAGAAUCCUUAAAUUUUCAACCUGCCCAAUCACAUGAAAUAAUAUACCCCAAUCAAAUUGAAGUGGAAAUGGCGUCUGGAGAAAGGACAAUUGCUAUUCCUGAACUGAAAGCUAUGCUUCGGACUCAAUUAGAAUAUUAUUUUUCUAGAGAAAACCUUUCAACUGAUGCAUACCUUAUAUCUCAAAUGGAUAGUGAUAAUUUUGUCCCAAUCAGCACCAUUGCUAAAUUUAACCAAAUUCGACGCCUUACUGAAGACAUCUCUCUUGUUGUUGAAGUUCUUAGAGAAUCAGCUGUUGUCCAAGUUGAUGAAGCUGGUGAAAAAGUUCGUCCAAAUCCUCGAUCAGGUGUCUUAAUUUUGAGAGAAAUUCCGGAAACUACCCCUCUAAAGGAGCUUGAAGAGCUGUUCAGUAGUGAAAAUUGUCCUAAGUUCUCCAGGUGUGAAUUUGCACAUAACAAUAGUUGGUAUGUUUUGUUUGAUACAGAUGAAGAUACCCAAAAAGCUUAUCGAUACUUAAGGGAAGAAGCAAAAACCUUUAACGGAAAACCAAUAAUGGCUCGCAUUAAAGCUAAAGCGAUUACAUCUGCCCCAUUUACGACUUCCUACAAAAAUGGUGUGAAUAAUACUCAGGAGACAGAAAACUAUAACUCACCUACUGUAAAUCCUCAGCAACAAACUCCUGUCCAAUAUACUUAUACUAAUGUUCCAAAUGAAAACUACAGCAAUCAAGUAUGUCCGCCAUUCUAUCCUCCAACCAUGCUGCAAGCAUGGGCCCCUUCAACUCCUGCUUGUGUUGACUUGGGAACGGUUCUUUCUGUGAAUGGACUUUCCCCACAGGCUGCUUUUAGACCAUUAAACAAUAAUACUAAUAGACAUAGUUAUUCUUCUAGAGAUAGGCCAGUAAAAACAUACACUCCACAAAAUUAUAAUUUUUCACGUAGUGAACAAAGCCGGUAUUUUAAUAGAGGACAGUCCACAUCUUACCUCCAAAGGCAGCAGUUGCAUCAGCAGCCAUCAUUUCCUAGCAUUGUUAAUACGAACAGCUGUGGUUUUGAGUAUAUGCCAUACACUUCAAGGUCACGAAAUCUACCUAACUUUGGGAUGGAUAUGAACUUCUUUACAGCUCCAAAUCUUUAUUACAAUAAAUUACCCUCACUAUAUCCAGCACAUGCAUCGCAGGCUCGGCAUAAUCCAGUCCUAGUGCCUCGAAAUCAAGUGGGAUUAGGUGCAAUAAAUAGUCAAGACCAAAGCUAUCUUACAGUUGGCAGCAGUACCGUACUGCCAUUUUCAAAGGAUUCUGUGUUAAAUAGUACGUCUUCUAGUAUAUCUUCUAAACAAAAUACUGAAUCCCAAGCAAAAGAUAACUGGGGAGCAAGUCAAAGGCAGCAGCGAGGGAAAAGGUAUUGGAAAGAAAAUGGCAACUCAAACAGCUCUAAAAGUCUUUCAGAAAAUUCUAAUGGAAUGAUAAACAAAUCACUUAACGAAAAUGAUGCUAAGCCAGACUCGCCUAAAUUUGAUUUGGAAAAUUCUUCUUUUCCUCCUUUGCCAGGUUGCUUGGAGUCGGACGUUAUUGAUGUUGACGUAUAUGAAAGUAGACUGUCCGAUAUUGUGAAAGGAACUGUCAAGCCAACAACAAGAGACACCAAAACACAAACAUCAGAAUCUGCUCUUGUGUGUACUACAAAAGAUAGUUCCACUAUUACAAUUGAAGAAACAGUUAUUGCUCCAGAUGGUGCCUUUACUCCACCCAUGUCUCCUGAAAUGGUGAAAGAAAACGUAUCUUCAAGUGAUCCUAUGCCAGCUGACACUCCAAGAGAUGGCAACGAAUGGGAAACGUUUGUGGAAUCUCCAAAUGAAAAUACACUAUGCAACACCAGUAUUAAUGCUUUGAAUGUUGUGCCUGAUGUACCUGCAGCAUUCCCUGCUGGCAGCUCUCCUGCUUUCCAUUCAGUGUCUACGAACUCUAUGGUGAAUGGCUCAAUAGUUGGGUCAGAGACUUCUGGUAAUGUUUCAGCUGUGACUGAAUCUGAACCAACUGUUAAUGUUCCUAGUGAUAUUAUAGAAAAUAAACAGACGGCUGUAGUUAAAUUGCCAAAAGCAAAACAACUGGACUCAUUGCCCAAAAGUAGACCUUGUGAUUUACCUUCACCAAAGAAUAAAACGCCUGAUGCAUCAUCAGCAAAAAACAAAUUUGAUGCAUUUAAAGAAAGACAGUCAUCUAAUUCUAAGCACAGAUCAUCAUUUUCUAAUAACAAAAAUGCUGAAAGUUCCUCUAGUAAAGAAAGGGUAAAUGAAUUGAUUUCAUGCAAUACAAAAACUGUUGAACAUAAUGUGACAAAAAAUGUGGAAGUUUUCCCUUUAAAAGAAAAACAAAACCAAGGUUAUUCUAAAGGUAGGAUAUUAGAGUCCAACUCAAGCAAGUCCAAGUCACUUGACACUGAUUCGUCUUUGCUCUCUGUUAAUGGUCAUGCUGAUAGUGAAUCAACUGUUAGUAGUGAAGAUGAAAAACCCUUUAGAAAAUUAACUUAUUCUGAAGUGGCAAUGCGUGCCAAAGAGAAAGUAGAGAAAAUUGCACAAGAGUUGAAGGAAAAAGAACGACAAGAGGCUAUGGUUCGUCAUCACAGGCAGCAAGAAAUCGUAGCCCAGAACAAACAAGCAGCGACACGUGGCCCUUUUAGAGAAUUUCCUAGGGGGCGAAUAAUAGAGCCUCGCUCUGGUUCAAAAGAAUGGCGCGAGAGGCGGAAACCUGCUCGGACCAUAUCUCUUCCAGCUGCUGGGCAAUGAGACUGCCAAUAAACCCUGUGACAUACAUAGGGUGAAUUCAUAUGCAAAUAUAUUGUGAUUUGAUUUCAUCAAGCUUCGAACUGGACUGGAUCAAUCUAAUACUCUCAAGGAAAUAACAUAGCUUGCUAUAUAAAAUCUUGUGAGAAUAUUUGCUUCACAGCUGUUGAGUCUGACGCAGUGACCAUGAUUAUGAGUGUUUGGAAGUGAUCAAGGUGCUAACAGUGGGAAUGAAUGUCAGCAAAGCCCAACAGUGUGUCAAUGCAAAUGUAAAUACAGCUUUGGGAGAAAUUUUUUUCCUUAUCAGGUGCCUCCAUGUAAGAUACUUGAUGAGAUUAUUAGAGCAAGGACAAAAGCUAGAAAAUAGCAUUAUGAAUGCCGUUUUUUGUGAUGCAAAAAUUUAUAAACACUUGAAGAUGCUUGUCAGCCCUAAAUUAAUGGCAAGAGCUUCCAUAAUCUGGGUGGUGCUUCAUAUGCAAGUCAAAAGCACACCUAAAAAUUUCCAUGUUUGACACAGAAUUUAAGUGGUAUAUGAAUUAUUUGCACACAUCUUUAUAAAAUGUUGAGUUUUGUUAUUGUAUCGAUUAUAGAAAAUUCAUUUAAUAUAACAUCUAUGUUAUCAGGAUAUUGUAUACAAGGUAUUAUAAUAAUGUAAAAAAUAUUAUCACCUUGCGGCUAUUACAUAAAAUAUGCCACAUGCUUACAAUUGUGUUGUAAUUUCUAGUCCAAAUUUAUUAUGCAUUUGUUGCAUUGGCAUAUUGUAAAAUCAAAAAUUAUGGAAGCCAAACAAAUGACUAUAAAUUGUAAAUUUGUUAUUGUUUGCGUAUCUGUGUCGGACUUCAUUCUUUUCCCCUUUAGGGUUUUAGAGACCCAUAUGUGAUAAUAUAUGCCUUAAUUAUGUGUGGGGAUAUCUUUUGUGAAUUAUUAAAAAAUAUCUGCUAAACACAUGGAACUUGUCAUACUUGUAUGGUAAGGUGAAUAGGUUGUGGUACUUAUAAACUGUAACAAUUUUGUUGCAGCUUUCAAGUAUAUUUUUAGAUAGAAUCUGUUUUUUCACCAAGUUUCUUUUCGACAAACUCUUCUGCUUAGUUCACACACUGUGUUAGUAUUAAAACCGACUCCCAGCUCUUAUCCUUUUUUCCCAGCAGGCCUUUUUUUUUCCUUUUUGUCUUCCCCAUGUUUUAGGUUAUAAUCUUAUUUAUACUCCAGCAAUGUGAUGGGUCCACUUGUUUUCCCUUGCUGGGAAUUUUUACCCUCCCUUCACUUGUACUUACAUAAAAUCAUCUGUCAUUUGAAAAUAAUUUUUUGUGUGUAUGUGGAAACAUAACUUUUGCUUGUUGUGAAACGAGUGUGGGAUUAUUAAUGAAUGGUGAUUCGCAUGAACCUUACUACUGUAGUGAGUUUGCUAAGCCGCAACAACAAUACAGUAUGUAUAUAUGAAAUGUAGGUUUCCAACAAAUAUAGAUGCUAGUAUAUACAUAUAUCUCCUGCACUGCAGAGAUAUAGCAAGUGACACAGAUGAUAGUUGAAGCAAAUGAACUUAGCUGCUCCCUUUAUACAAGGAGAUAAAACCUGCAUGGGGGAAAAUAGUUGUGCAGUGCUUUUCUAACCUACCAUGUAAAUUAAUAACACAUCUGUAGUGCAGGGCAAAUUUGAUUAUUUUUUUACUUAAAGUAAUAUUGGUCCGUUUAUACUGUUAGUUGCUUUAAAAAAGAAAAAAAAAAAAACUAACUUGAUUCGAUGUGUAUCUAGAAAUAAAUACCAAAGAAAUGUGCAUAAUCAUUAAAAGCUGCUCCAUAUGCCUUCAAAGAUGAAUUUGGUUUCAUAUCUUAAUAUAUCAGGUGGCUACAAUAUUUGGAAAAAGCAUCUCAAUGUAAUCACUGCUUAUGGUGUUGCACAAAUCAACUGCUUGAAUUUUCUUAGCAUAUAUUGUGACAAAUCAUCUAGCAUCGAUGGCCAUCAUAACUGUUGUACUCUGAAAAUUCAUUUUAGACUCGAUUCUGAUUCAAUUUUGACAGAUGCCUAAAAGUUUUAUUUAUGUCUGUAUAUUUCACCAUGAAUGUGUAAAACUUGCAGCAUGAACAUAGGUUUCAGGAUCAUCUGCUUGAAUAUGCCAUAUGGAGAGUUGUUCGUUUCAAUCCGAUGGCUGUAUGUUGGUGUAUUUGUGUCCUGAUUUGAGAAGAAAAAAAAAUCAGUAAAGCAGUUCUAAUAGAAGUUGUUGCUUUUUUUUAUUAAUGUAACAUUGAUUCAUUUCUUCACUUACACAAAAUUGACAAUGCAAAUAAUCCUGCCUCUGACUAUAUUGUUUUACUAUAGGUUAUUAGAGUAUAUCAGAACUGCCUCUUACAUUUUUAUAGUGCUUUUUUUUUUUUUUUUUUUUUUUUUUUUUUUUUUUUGUUACCUUUUUACUUUAAAACUUUUAAUUAGUAAUAUAUUAAGGAAAACAACAAGUUUUCAUUAUUUUAUAAUUUGCCGAGGUUUUUUCUUUUUUUUCUUCCUUGUGUGUAAAAAAAAAUUUGGAUCCUAAAAAAUCCAUUGUGAGAGUUUUUCUUUGCUCCUUUGUUGAUUUUAUGUGGUAUAAAUAUUAUUGCCAAACUUUGUGUGUAAAAACAUGAUGCAUUAUAUUAAAAAUCAAAUUUGUGAAAGGUUUAAUGAAGUAGUAGAUGAAACAUUUUAGUUACCUACGUAGACUCCAAAAUAAAAUCUUUUUGGAGUUUUUAAAAAUCGGGAUUAAUAAAUACCUCACAUGAUAUGGGCCAAGUGCCUAAUGUGCACAAUAUCUGAAAAUAUUUGAAAGAAUAUUUUUUUUAUAAUGAACAUUGUGUCUCAUUUAGCAGGCUGUUUCUAGUUUUAUUUCUGGUCAUUACUCCUUUUAAAUGUUACUGGAUCUUAUUUUCAAAUUGAAAACUGAAAGGUUACAUUCAAAUCAUAUUUUUAAGCUUGCUGUUAUAAGAAUGUUUGUCUGUAUGUAAUAAAUGAACCAUCUAUAAAUAUUUGAAAACAG